UUUCAUUAUUGAAACACAGCUAUUAGAAUUCAACCCAAACUGUUCUGAGGGGACAAUUGUGCAUAAUUUCUCUCUCUCACACACACACGAUCCUCAAGCUGUGAUGUUAUUAAAAUGACAGAUUUCCUCCUUUAUAUUUUACAGAUAGGGACAGCUGGAAAUAUCACAGACUACAAUUAUGGAAAUGACACAGCCCCUUCAGUCUGUGAUGAUGAGGGGAAUUCCCUGUGGAUCUAUCAUGCGGUGCUGUACAGCUUGAUCUUUCUGGUGGGGGUGUCAGGGAAUGGUCUGAUGACAACAGUCCUCCUAAGACGACGGCACCUCCUGCGCAUAACAGAGAUCUACCUGCUGCACCUUGCCCUGGCUGACCUCAUGCUCCUUUUCACAUUUCCUUUUGAUGUAGUCAACCACGCCGCCGGUUGGCUGUUUGGGGAAUUUCUCUGCAAGCUGACGGGCCUGGUGCAAAAUCUUAACCUCCACUGUGGGAGUUUCCUUUUAGCUUGCAUUGGGUUUGAUCGCUAUUUAGCCGUUGUUUUCGCCAUUCCUAGUAUGCAAAGUCGACGUCCGAAAACCGUGCACCUAACAUGCAUUGCAUUAUGGCUGGUCUGUCUGGGGCUUUCUGUACCCAACGCGGUGUUUCUUUCGGUGAGGGAAGAAGCGCGACAAGUAUCGAGGCUCCACUGUUUCUAUCAUGAUUAUGGUAUCCAUGCAAACAACUGGGUUUUGACCAAUCGAGUGUUAGAGCAUAUGUGCUUCUUCAUUCCACUGGCCGUCAUGAGCUAUUGUUACACGGCAGUGGUAAUUACAUUGUGCAACAGUAAGAACAGCUUAGCAAAGCAAGGAGCAAUUCGACUGUCUUUACUCGUCACUCUUGUCUUUUUCUUCUGUUGGCUGCCAUAUAAUGUCACCUUACUGAUCAAAACAAUGGUAGAUCUGGACGUCAUCUCAUAUGAAACCUGUGAACUUUACGUCACACUGCAAUCAGCCCUUGAUGUGACAAAAAGCCUUGGUCUCGCACACUGUUUCCUGAACCCUUUCUUGUACGCCUUUGUUGGAGUACGUUUUCGCCACGAGCUGAUACACUUGCUUUGUAACGUGUGCUGCAGAAAUGUUUGCGCCCCUUUUUUCCAAGCCCAGGGUCCUAGUCGAUCAUCCGUUUCUGACAGAGCAACAACCACCAGCACCAUAACAAAGCGCUUGUAAA